UGCCGGGAAAGAUAUACGUGCUAGAAGACCGGUCCGAGGCCUCGAGGAUGGCCGCUCAGCGAGUAUUCCCACUUUCCUGUGUGGUGCAGCAAUAUGCCUGGGGAAAGCUGGGUUCCAACAGUGAAGUGGCCCGGCUGCUGGCCAGCAGUGACCCCCUGGCCCGGAUCUCAGAGGACAAACCGUAUGCAGAGCUGUGGAUGGGGACCCACCCCCGGGGUGAUGCCAAGAUCCUCGACAACCGCAUCUCACAGAAGACCCUAGGCCAGUGGAUUGCUGAUAAUCAGGACAGCUUGGGUUCGAAGGUCAAGGACACCUUUAAUGGCAAACUGCCCUUCCUCUUCAAAGUGCUUUCAGUUGAAACGGCCCUGUCCAUCCAGGCACACCCGAACAAGGAGCUGGCAGAGAAGCUGCACCUCCAGGCUCCACAGCACUACCCCGAUGCCAACCAUAAGCCAGAGAUGGCAAUUGCCCUCACCCCCUUCCAGGGCUUAUGCGGCUUCCGGCCAGUUGAGGAAAUUGUGACCUUUCUAACAAAGGUGCCGGAAUUCCAGUUUCUAAUUGGAGACGACGCAGCAGCGCAGCUGAAGCAGAGCCUGAGCCAGGACUCCGAGGCUGUGACUUCUGCUCUGCGGAGCUGUUUCUCCCACCUGAUGAAGAGCGAGAAGAAGGUGGUGGUGGAGCAGCUGAACCUGUUGGUGAAGCGGAUCUCGCAGCAAGUGGCUGCUGGAAACAGCAUGGAGGACAUCUGUGGGGAGCUCCUGCUGCAGCUGCACCAGCAGUACCCGGGUGAUAUCGGAUGCUUUGCCAUCUACUUCCUGAAUCUGCUUACCCUGAAGCCGGGGGAGGCCAUGUUUCUGGAGGCCAACGUGCCCCAUGCCUACCUGAAAGGAGACUGCGUGGAGUGCAUGGCAUGUUCAGAUAACACAGUGCGUGCUGGCCUGACACCCAAGUUCAUCGAUGUGCCAACUCUGUGUGAAAUGCUCAGCUACACCCCCAGCCCCAGCCAGGACAGGCUCUUCCCUCCAGCACGGAGCCCAGAAGACCCCUACCUCUCCGUCUACAAUCCCCCUGUGCCAGACUUCACCGUUAUGAAGGUGGAGGUACCUGGCUCUGUCCCUGAAUACAGGGUCUUGGCCCUGGACUCUGCCAGCAUCCUCCUGGUGGUGCAGGGGACAGUGACAGCCAGCAGCCCCACAGCCCAGGCAACAAUCCCCCUGAAACGUGGCGGGGUGCUCUUCAUUGGGGCCAAUGAGAGUGUCUCACUGAAGCUCACUGUGCCUGAGGACCUGCUGAUGUUCCGUGCCUGCUGCCUGCUAUAGAGGCCACAGCCUUCCUGGCUCUCCUGUGCUAGUCACCCUACAUCCUGGCCAGCCUCACCUCCGCAGACCCAGCCCAGAUCCCUUCCCUGCUCUGGGCUCUUUGAGUACACCCUGAAAGACUGGGGGAGAAAAGCUUGAAGGUGGUGACUCCUGAGCAGGCCGAGGCUGAACCGUCUUCUUCCUGGUAGGAGGGGCCCAUGUGAGGACUGAGAGCUGAUACUCCCCUUGGAUCUCGCCACACUGGAGCCAGGCUCUCCUCAGAGCUCAAGAACAGCAGCCCUGUCCCAGCCUAUGGCAUUAGGCAGACUAGUGAGAUCUAGGAUUAGCUCAGCAGCAGUCACAGCAAGAUAGGUAAUUAAUCUGUAAGAAUAUAGGGUUCUGCAGUGCAGAGGGAAAAGGGUAGCCCUGUGGCCUGAUGGCCGCUCUGUUAAAGUAAUUAAAGAUCACUUGUUUGAGGUCUGUGGGCUAAAGAGCACUCAGCCUUUGGCAUUUCAGUCCCUGAAGUGGGCUGAAGGAGCCCUCCCUGGAUGUUGUCCAGUUUUUGCUUUAUUCAGGUUUCAGACAGCUCCCUGAGGUAGGCAGAGGCUUCUAUGGGACAGGUAGCCCACUGUAGCCUCAGUGGCAGAGCUUGCAGGCAGGCCUCAGACCACCUAGCCUUGCAUACAGUGGAAGGUGUGUCUAAAAAAAGGAACUGUCGGUGCAGGAUUCUUCUCUCCAAUGUUUUAGUUGGCUUUAGGGCGAGACAGGGAACCCUGGUGUGCUGCAGUCCAUGGGGUCACAGAGUCAGACACGACUGAGCAACUGAACUGCACUGAACUGAGGGCAAGGGCUGGGCUUCCUUAGUAGCUCAGCUGGUAAAGAAUCUACCUAUAAUGCAGGAGACCCCCGGUUCGAUUCUGGAUUGGGAAGAUCCCCUAAAGAAGGGAUAGGAUAGGCUACCCACUCCAGUAUUCUUGGGCUUCCCUGGUGGCUCAGACAGUAAAGACUCCGCCUGUGAUGUGGGAGACCUGGGUUCAAUCCCUGGGUUGGGAAUAUCUGUUGGAGGAGGGCAUGACAACCCACUCCAGUAUUGCCUGGAGUAUCCCCAUGGAGAGAAGAAUCUAGCAGGCUGCAGUCCAUGGGUCGCAAAGAGUCAGACAUGAGUGAGCGACUAAGCAUAGCAUAGGGCAGGAUCACACACUAAGAUCAGCAGCCUGAAUCUGGCCACGCCCUUUCUUUGCAUACCAUUCAGCUGCUUUUCAGGCUACAAUGGCAAAGCUGAGUCGGUGCACCAGACUGUAUGGCCCGCAAAGCCAAAAGUACUCACUGGUCCUUCACAGAGAAAGGUUGCCAACCACUUGAGAGCACGUUCAGUCACUGCAGAAGUGGGGACUGAAGGACAGGACAGUCCAGCUUGUGUUGUGAAGAGAAACCUAGUUCCUUUUUUCCUUCGAUGGCAGGAAGAACCUACACGGGCACCUACUGUCCCUGUGCUUACCCUCUAGAGGUGGGACACCCUCUGCAGGAGGUUGUAUAGCUGUGUUUUGCCACUGUGGUUUCUGACUGGCAGUCUUAGCUCCUGUCAUCCCAGACUAAGCAGACACCCAGGCUAGUGGCUCCUUCCUGUUGGUAAGGGAUUAGUCUCACACAAAAGCAUCUUUCUGGGCCAUUGCCCACAUUGCUGCUACUGCUAAGUCGCUUCAGUCGUGUCCGACUCUGUGCGACUUCAUAGACGGCAGCCAACCAGGCUCCUCUGUCCCUGGGAUUCUCCAGGCAAGAAUACUAGAGUGGGUUGCCAUUUCCUUCUCCAAUGCAUGCAUGCAUGCUAAGUCGCUUCAGUCGUGUCCGACUCUGUGCGACCCCAUGGACAGCAGCCCACCAGGCUCCUCUGUCCACAGGAUUCUCUAGGCAAGAGUAUGUCCACAUUAGACCUGUACAAUAGAAUUCCAGGAAACUACCUGCAAAAAAUUUUAGCCCAUCUGUUUUGGGGUUUUUUUCCCUCCAAUAAAUUUUCUUCAGCUGAAAAAAAUCAAGCAAACAAAAAUAGCUCCCAUAAACCAAAAACAAAAAAACCUGAGAAGGGUCUGCCAAAGGGAA